ACUUGAAGGAAACUCACCUGUCUGGUUAUAAACGAGCCGAGACACGGUACUUUAACAGCUCUAGCCGAAGACGACCUUCUCUAGUAUCUGUCUACAAAAAAAACAAAAAAAAAAAACAAAACAAAAAACAGGAACAAUGUGAAACCACAAACUUUGAGGAAUCGUCGCCUUUUUUUCAGCCAUAACCUGAGACGUUUACGGUCCCACGGAUAACACAGUUUCGAUAUCUGAAGUCUUAAUUUAGGCUUACUUCCGGGUUCGGAUUCUUGUCAAAGGGGAGUCAGGGAAAAAACACAGACAGGUACCAACUCGAAUGACCUCUAAAACGAACGCCAUGGACAAUAUUCAGCUCCAGAACACCAACACGAAUGGAAACGACGGAGCAGCACAUGUGGAUAUUGAACCGGUGGCAGCAGGAAAUGGAGAAGGACAGGGCUAUCCAACAGAAAGAGAUGGAUUACUUGCCAGACAGGCCAACGCCGGUAAUGGAGAGACAAUGCCCUCUCCCCAUGAAGUCGAAGCUCAAAGGAGAACUAACCCAGAGAAAUGUGCAAUGUGCAGGAUUAAGGAUCAGCUGAAUGAAAAAGUCUUUGGGGUGUUCAGACUAUGGAUGAUCAUCGUCCUCAUCCUCAUCGCCAUUAUUGUUGUGAUUGUAGUCUCAAUGACUCUGUGUACAGUUUUAUACGAGGACGUGGAUGAGAAGUUCGACUCGUCACUUUUUGACGUUCCUCUGUAUUUCAACGGUAGCUUUCGACUCCCCAAUCAGGACUUCACAGAGGACUUUCUCAGCCUUUCCUCCAAUAAAAGCCAAGAAGUGGCAGCAGAGCUUCAACAAAAGCUGGCUGACCUCUACAGAACGUCCCCAGCUCUGGGCCGAUACUUCUCCACAGCUGAAAUAUAUGAUUUCAGGAGCGGUUCAGUCAUCGCUGAGUAUAAGCUGGCAUUUGUCAUGCCUGCAGACGAGCAGGAUCAGCUGAGAAACUUCACCCUGAGCAGAGAGAUGGUCUACAACGUGCUCAGACAGUUUCUAUACGACCAGGAGGCAGAAGAGUCGGAGCUGAUGUACAUCGACCCAGGUUCUUUAACCAUGUAUUGAAAACACAGGCCUGGAAACACCACUGUGCCUCUGUGUUUGCCGCUGAAACAACACUCAUUAUCAUAAACCUCUGUGGUCAAAGUGUUUGUAGCACAUGAUUUCUCAGACGUGAGGGAAACUACAUGAAGUCUGUUGAAAUGCAGCACAUGAUGUUUUAUGACCACAGUCAGGUCAUACUCCAGUCACUACAGCACUAAGUGUUAGUACGGGCUUUAAUUUAUAUUCACUUAAGUCCUUUUAUC